CGCUCGCGCCCUCACUUCCUGGGGCGGGUGGGUUGAAACAUGGCGGCGGGUGGCUGGCGGCGUCUUUCUGACUCCGCGGCCGUGCUGCUGUUUGCGGCAGUGCUGGGUCCUGCCGCCGUCUCCUCUUCCUCCUCCUCUUCCCGGGCGGGUAGUCCCGGCGAGCCGCGGAACAGCGUGCAAGUGUUGAGCAGCUCCAACUGGAGCCUGGUGUUGCAGGGCCAGUGGAUGUUGGAGUUCUAUGCUCCUUGGUGUCCAGCUUGUCAACAGAUUGAGUUGACAUGGGAGAGUUUUGCAAAGGAAAGCGAACGCCUAGAUAUCACUGUGGGAAAAGUGGAUGUCACUCAAGAACCAGGCUUGAGUGGUCGUUUCUUUGUCACAACACUUCCUACAAUUUACCAUGCAAAUGAUGGAGUAUUUCGCAGAUACCGAGGCUCACGGACAUUGGAAGACCUUCAAGGUUAUGUUUUAGAGAGAAAAUGGGAAGCUGUGGAGCCUGUAGCAGGAUGGAAGUCUCCAUCUUCUAUAAUGAUGCAUGGCAUGGCAGGACUAUUUCACCUCUCUGGAUGGAUCAGGCAAAUUCAUAGCUACCUCACUGGUACUCUUGGAGUUCAUGCCUGGAUUUCUUAUGCAAUCUUCAUCUUAGCUACCUUAUUGAUUGGCCUGUUCCUGGGUUUGAUACUGGUUUUGAUUUCAGACUGCCUUUGCCCAUCCAAGUCAAGAUACAGAGCUGAAACAUCUGAGGAAGCCAUUACAAAGGAUAAUGUGGAGAAUGCAGCAUUAGAAGAACCGGAGGAGGCUGCAGAGCUUUCCGCAGAGGAUGUGGAAGAGACUGCAGAUGUAAAAGAUUUCUCAGAAGGAGAAGAUGCAGCAAAUUCAAGUGCUGAUGACUCAGAGGAGGAUUUAGCACUUGAUAAAGAAUCAGGGGAAGAAGAAAUGGAAGACUUAAGUGAACAACCUUUAGCUGAUUCAGAGACUGAAAGCUCACUAAGACAGCGUAAAAGUCAGGUGGCUGAUAACAGACUAUAAUUGUUUUGGUGGCGUGUUUUGUACACUUGGACCAAAGAAGUGUCAGACCCUGUGUCUGAAGCUGAAGCUUACACUUGAUUUGUCAUUUGUGUUUACGCAAAACCUCUGCUCUGUCAGCAGGCUUCUGUUUUUUUAAGCUAAUACUUGCUCAUUGGGUUUGUUUUAUAAGCACAUAUGCUGUGUUGUACGACUUUAGCCGUGACAAUCAAAAAAAAAGUGUAUCUUAUCGGUUUGAAGUCUUCUAAGAGAAAAGGGGUGGAACAGAGUCUCAGUUCACCAGCUAUAAAAUGUGCAUCUAUGCUUGUGUUCCUUUGUAAGUAGUAAUUUAAGCAAGAUCAAAACUUUGAACUCUUUGCAGUAGCUUGGCAGGACUGUGGCUUUUCUGUCUGAAAGUGUGUUUCCAAAUGCCACAGGAACACCAGAUAGUGAUACAGUAGUGAGAGAAGGCACCUUACUAGUCUUCUAUUAAAAAUGUGUACGAUGGGCUUAUUUUUAUCGCUUUCUACUGAAGCACCUUUCUCUUUCAUUUUAUUAAUAUUUGUUUUGAAAUUUUAUCAUACAGUAUGCCCCCAGAUUUUUCAGUUUUUGGUAAUUUGGAGGCAUGCUGCAGAGCUCAAGCUUGCCAGCUGAGUUUUUUUGACUCAAGGAGUUUGAGUAAUUGAAAACCUCAGGCUGAGAAAGAGUGACAGCUAAAUGUUUAAAAUACGUUUGAACUUUUAGAAGGUUUAAAGGACAUCAUUUUGGUCAGGGUUUUUUUUUUUUGCCAAAACAUGAUUUUCACCCCCCUCCCUCUACAAGAGGUUGUAGCAAGUCACUUUGCAGUCUGUAAGUUGUAUAUUUCUUGCCAGUACGAGCUUGUCAUAUGCAAUGCGGUUCUUCCAUUUCCAGCUCAGAAUACUUUUGGCAGAACUCAAACUGCUUUAGUAAUAUUAACUGAAGAGGCAAUUAAGGUUUUACCUUUGAUCACUUUUCUACUGGAAUUGACAUGCCACUGGAAUUGACAUAUUAGGAAAUGAGGAAGGCACGGGUGGGUAGUGUUGGAGAAGCUUUUGGUUUUGCUACUUAUAUCAAGAUAAAUGUCUAUUGAACUGUGUAAAGUGAAAAUGGCUUGCCAGGUAGACAGCAUUAGGUAUGGUUAGCAGACUUAAGUCAUUAAAAAUAUCAGUAUUUACCUCCUCUGACUUGGUUAACAUAUAAGGCUUUUUUUGUAAGGAAUACCUAGAGUGAGGUCCUGAAAAUCCCUAUUUUGUUGAUGUGUGAUCAUGUGCGUAAGAUGUAUCUUAAUCUUGGGGUUUUUAAUAUAUAUUGCAUAAACCUUGCUAACAUGCAUGAAUUUCAUCUUGUUCUUCAAGAAUAAACAGAUGAAAUAAUCUCAUGAGAAGAGACAAGUUGCAAGUGCAAAAUGCUGGUUUCCUUUGAGACCGAGAUCAGUAGGGCCAAUUUGUGUUGAAAGUUGUUUUGGAUUUUUGUUUUGUUUUGGUUUUAAAUGCUCAUAAAGAGCAUAUUUACUAAGAAAGCAUAUCUUUUCCUGUCUGUGUUCUAUUGUAUAUUUGUGUCUUGGAACCAUAUGGUAGAAACUUUGCAUUUGUCUGUUAACAGCUGUGCAAAGGACAAAAUUGUGCUGCAUACAUUGAAUAUGAAUUUUCUUAAGGGAAGUUUUUAGUCCGGAGCUUGAAUUUCAUGUAGUGGACAUGUAAAUAUGCUUUCACAUAGUGCAAACAUACAGUUGAUAAUAUAUGUUUUCUGUUAUUUGGGCAUUGUCCCAUGUAACUGAGCAAUCGUAGAAGCUUCCUGACAGCAGAACUCAGGAGCAGUUGAAGUACAUAGCAGCUUUUAAAAAAAGAAAAGUAGAAAAAACCCCAAACUCUAGCUAAGCUUUUAUUUGCAGAAAGAACAGAACUGUGGCCACUGUAGUCUGCAGGGAAGAACUGUGCACAUAAAAGCACAGAGUACAGAUUUGUUGUUUCCAUGAUGUAUUUGCUUUUUUUAUCUGUGCAUCAGGAGCUCAUAAAAGUCUAUGGUUAAAAUCUUGUUUGCAUUUUAUUUCAUGAGAUGGGCAGCAGUCGGUGUGUAUAUUCAGUUAUGUGCACUUGCGUAAGACAAGAAUAGGCAUAUCCCCUCAGUCAUGGAUCCAAAACUGAGAUGCUAAAAAUAUGUGGGACUGUAUCCAGCACAGAUUGAGGGCAAUGGUGACUUUGGUUACGUACCGAAGAGGAUAUUUUUAUACUCUAUAGGGUCUUGUGAUACUCUGUGUAGGAAGGAGCAUGUCAAUAUUAAAUUCUGUUGCAAUUUCUCUUUGCUUUUGUAAUAAUGUGGAGCUAGUAAUCUAAAAUCAUCUUUUAGCUGUUUAAACAGGUUUUAACUUUAAAAGGCACAGAACAUCCUUGUAUCUCAUGGUGGCUUUGUUUGUAUGCUGUUGGGAGUAUGAAGUAUUAAAAAGUCAGGUAUACCUCUCUUCAGUGCUCAAGAUGAGGUAUUUGAGCUUUCUGAAUGUUCAAACAAAUAAGGUGCUCUCAAGAGUUGAAUUUCAUUACAGUGUCUUUGAAUUUUAAAAACCCACAAGUUAUACUUUGUCCUACAAGAUACAGGGUUUAUGAGGUGCUGUGGGAAAGAUCAGAAGCUCCUGUGUGUGGUGAUUCUCUUGAGUGUCUGCUUACAUUUCCUCUGUUUUUGCAUGUCAUUUAAGUUUAGAUUAUUUCAAGUGAAGAUAUUAAGAAUUUUCCAUCCUAAUAGACCUAACUGCAAGAUCCCUCUCUGAUGGGCAAGGAUUAAGUAAGCAGGUGGCAAGUCACAGCAGUUUCUCUUCAUAGAUCAGUCUUGUGAAUAUGGAAAUGAGCAAUUUUAGGCUUCCAAGGUUUCUUGAACAUGUGUAUGUCAUUGCUCCUGUGUUUUUAUGAAUAAAAUAGGGAAUAAUGAUGCUACCUUGGGUUUGACUGUAUUUGACGUGUAUUGGAGUAUCUGAUUACAAAGAUCAAUAAGUUGUGAUUAAGACUUUAGAAAAACAGGUGCUAUGCAACCAUUGGUAUCUCCAACUUAGUUGAACAUUUGUAGGAUAAAUAUUGUCGCAUGAUACUGGACAUAGUCAAGUGUGACUAACACUUGUAGCAAAUGCUGUAAAUGCUAAAUUUGUGUUGAACAGAAAGACCACUAGCUAUGCAGUGAGUGUGGUGUUACCUUCCAGAAUUAGGGUUAUUUUUCCCCUAAAACAUAUUUUAAUUGAAUCAUGCAAGUAUGGAACUAAUUAGAGUAUUACAAUAGUAUUAAACUUGGUCUGUUUCAAAAAAAAGUCGAUAUCAACCUCUUUUGCAGUCUGAGUCUCUCUGCCCUCUGUUAUGAUUAAUUUUUAAAAAAUGGAACUUGUUCUUGCAAUCUCAGUAUAGACAAAAAUGCCCUUGGAGAAGCUGCUGCUACCACUGUUCAAAAUGUUUUGAGUAAGGAUAGGGCUGUAAGGCUUGUAAAUUAGAGCUGUAAGUCAAAACUGACUUAAGAUUUUUGAGAACCGAUUUAAAUUUCAAAUGGGAUGCAUGCCACUCUGAAAACCACUCCCUGAUGGAGCUGAACACGAAUGCUUAAAAGCAAGUAAUUAAAAAGAUCCAGUGGGUUACUUUUUAAAGAGGCUAGAAAUACAUAUAGCCUUUCAAAACUCCUGUCCUUGGUAUUUGUGUGAAACUUGCAAGUGUGUCUUGGAGUACUCUGUAUAUGCUGCACCUGUGCUGGGCAGCACUUGUAAUGUGGGCUUUCUUCGUGGAAAUGUUAUACAGGCUUGUCUUUCAUAUGAAAGUGUUGCAAAUUUAUACUACUGGUAUUUUUACCAAAAUUCCAUAUAAAUUUUGUAUUUAUGAUCA